AUGUAUGCUCUUUCAUCGCGGUUUUUAAAAGAAAUGAAAAAUUGGGUUUCUGAAAACCCCAAACCUUCAUCACCAUCUAUCAAUUCACCUAGGGUUUCUGAAAACCCUCCACCUUCACCUUCCCCUAUCAAAUUACCCGAAUUCGAAAACAAUUCAGUCUUAGAGGAGUUAAAUGGUGAAUCUAUCGAUGAAAUUGAAACUUUGGCAGAGAACAAUGUCACUGAAAUUAUUGACAAAUACAAUUUGGGUUCUAGGAGGGUUUUUAAGUUUGAUUUUGUUGACGAUGAAAUCGACGAAAAGUUCACUGAGAAGACAACAGAGGAAUUUGGGGAUACAAAAACCGACGAGUUAGAAGAAAAUCAACAUAAUAUAGAAGAUUUGUCCAAGAAGAAAGAGAGUAAGAAGAAGGAGAAGAAGAAGAGAAAGUUGAGAAGACACGAGAAUCUCAAACAGCUUCGAGCUGAGUCUUAG